UUUACAGUGCUGUAACAUUUAUUAUAUAUUGUUCUGGGUCUAUGAUCAAUUAAAAUUUAGACCAGAACAGCAGCUCUCCAAAGACUUUUUGACUGGAACAGCCACAAUGGGGGGGUGUAGUGUUCCUACAAUCCAGCGAGAGUAUAAAGUGUUAUUGAGUGAAAUUAUGUGUGCCUGGUACUUGAAACAAUUUUGAAUUUAAUUGUGGUGUUUUAAAAUAAUGACUCCAUUAUGUCAUUUAAUUUUCUGUGAAAGAUUUGAUGGUUGCUCAAAAAUCAAGAAGUACUUCAUGCAGUUUUGUUUUCCACUGCAGAAGUAUACUGCUAUUAUGUAUAGCGAAUAUAUAAUUUCACACUAUAGUCUUCAUUUAUUUUUCAAUUUAUGUAGUGCCUUUCAUACCACAGUACAGUAUCUCAAAGAAGUAUGCAAUAUCAAAAAGUAAUAAAAGUGGCAAAGUAACUAAGUAAUAUCAAUAAAUAAUAACAAUUAAAAAAAAAUCUAAAUAAAACAAUUGAAGAGAAAAUGAAAUGAAUGAUAAAACACAAAAUUACUAAAAAAUAAGCAGCAUAUAAAAACAAUUAUACUUGUGAAGUCUGGUUAAAAAGGCUAAACUAUAAAAGAAAGUCUUUAAUCUUGACUUAAAAAUAUUAACUGAGGCAGCAUCUCUAAGAAAAGGGCAAUGAGUUCCACAGUCUGGGGACAGUCUAAUUAAUUUCUCUUCCCCUGACAAGUCUCUCUGAAACCUGCUACUGAUGCUGUAUCAGCAACAUGAGUUGUCACUGAUUGUCACUAUAGCUACAGAUCUAUACAGCAGAAUCAAAUAUAGGAAAAUUCGGAUCUGCUUUAGUAUAAUGGUUUUGUUUGUUGUAUGCUUGUAAUUUACCCUCCAGUUUGUCCAAUUGAUCCUGUGCUGUGCUGUGUGUUUGAUUAAAAGGCAAGGGACAUGUUCAUCCAGGAUAAGUGUUGGUUGCUUGGAUAUUGUAAAGUUCACUGUUAAAUGAACACAUUAAGUGAAAAGGAAUUAGGUGUAACAAGGACCUCUGGCUAAGUAUUCUUGGCUUCCAUUACCGCUAAUUUUUCCCAAAGGACAGUGAUCAUUAUGCUGUAAGCAACACUUGAUUUUACAUGCAAGCAUGCAACCUCCUGAAAGUAGUAUAAAGGGAGAAUGCAUUGUCUUUUGUGUAAUUCAGAUAAGAAUGGGUAACAGUGGUGGGACAGUGCCAUUUCUGUAUUGUGCGCUGAGCCUCAUGGUUCAUUCCUCUAUGUCUGGUAACCCGGUGUGUAGACUUGCAAAGUAUUCUGUACCUGGAAUGGUUCAGAAUGGGGAUGUCAUGAUAGGAGGGGUAUUUCCUGUUCAUCGUACUGAUGAAUUCAAAGAUUUACCUUUUACAACAAAGCCAGCUCCGUUGCUGUGUGAUGAGCGGUAGGUUCAUUGCAUAUCAUUUUAUAUGGUUGUUGAUUUGUGUGUCUGAUUUUGUAUUGUAUUGGUCAAUUUAAAAGAAAAACAUUUAAAACCUGGUUUUAUUAAUGUUUUGCACAGAUGAUUCCUCGUAUAUUUGCUUUCCUCAAAGAGAAGCUAUUACACUGCUUGUAUAUAUAUCGGCUAGUUUCAUAGCCCCGCUAAACUUGGACUUCCACUCAGUAUUUUAACAACUGAUUUAAGGUGUUGAAUGAAUGUCCUGGCUUUCUUCUUUGUAAUUAGUGUUUAAUUUAUUAUAUCCAAUUGAAUAAAAACAUCCAUAGAUUCAACCUGAAGUGUGCAAUUAAUUGAUUUCUUUUAAACUAUAAAUGCUCUUUAGUUUUGAUCUCAGGAGUUACAGAUGGAUCCAGGCCAUGAUGUUUGCGGUGGACGAGAUCAAUGACAGCCACGAGUUGCUUCCUAAUGUGAAGCUAGGCUUUGCUGUCUAUGACACUUGUGACAGCAUUGCUAAGGCGGUAGAGGGGACCUUUGCUCUGGUGACUGGAAAGGACAACUACAUCCCAAAUUACAGAUGCCAUUUGAACUCGUCUUUAGCUGCAGUGAUAGGGGAGUCAUCCUCAAGCAUCUCCAUAGCCAUGGCCAGGAUUCUGGGAAUUUAUCAGUAUCCUCAGAUUAGCUACUUUUCCUCCAUCCCUAUCCUCAGUGAUAAGCAGCAGUUCCCAUCAUUCCUGCGCACCAUUCCGAGCGACACUUUCCAGUCCAAGGCCUUUGCUUACCUGGUUAAAUACUUUGGCUGGAAGUGGGUGGGCACUCUGGCCGAGGACAUUGAAUAUGGCACACAGGGAGUGCAGCUGUUCAAACAAGAGGUGAAGAAGUUGGGCAUCUGCAUUGCCUUUGCUGAAAAAAUCCCUGUCGUUUACUCACGACAGAAGUACGUGCAGAUCGUGGAGACCAUCAAGAAAUCAACAGCAAAGGUGAUCGUGGUCUUUUCAGGAGAGACCAACAUGAUCCCUUUAGUUGAAGAGAUCGAAAGGCAGAAUGUAACAGGCAUAACUUGGCUUGCGAGCGAGGCUUGGAGCUCAACGACAUACAUUGCAAACAAAGAGCAGUACAAGUAUUUUGAGGGAGCCUUGGGUUUUGGAAUCAUGAAGGGGAACAUCCCUGGCUUUGAUAAAUUUAUUUUUAAGCUCCAGCCACUGAACAACCCUCAUGACAUUUUUUUAAAGGAGUUCUGGGAGAAUGUGUUUGGAUGCACGUGGUCAAACCAGGGAACGAAGCCCCGCUGCACUGGGGAGGAAAGCCUGCUGGAGUCAAACAACACAUUCUUAGACACGUCGGAGCUCAGGAUCACAUGCAAUGUUUAUAAUGCAGUGUACGCUAUUGCUCAUGCACUGCACAAGCUGCAGUCUUGUCAAGUUGGGAAAGGUCCGUUUGCUAAAGGAGCUUGUGCAAAAGCUAAUGACUUUGAGCCCUGGCAGCUGCUUCAUUAUGUGAAGAAGGUGCAGUUUACUGACAAAACAGGGAAUGAACAGUACUUUGAUGAAAACGGUGACACUGUCCCCAAGUAUGACAUCCUGAACUGGCAGAGAGCUGCUGACGGCUCCAUUGUGCUGAAGACAGUGGGCAGAUACGACGGCAGUGAACUGGGCCAGGAGCUGAAAAUCAAUGAGCAAGCCAUUAUCUGGAAUGGUAAAAAGAAAGAGCCCCCGGUUUCAGUAUGCAGUCAGAGCUGCCCUCCUGGAACAAGGCAGAGUAUUCAGGCUGGGCAGCCUGUCUGCUGCUUUCACUGCAUCGUUUGCCCUGAUGGGGAAAUAUCAAAUGGGACAGAUUUCACCAACUGCAUCAAGUGCCCUGCAGAUUACUGGUCCAAUAGCAAGAAGGACAAGUGCGUGGCCCGGGAGAUUGAAUUCCUGUCGUUUGGAGAGUCGCUGGGUAUAAUCCUGACCGUGUUUGCGGUGCUUGGCUCUUGCCUGACACUUUCAGUCUUCGGUAUAUUCAUAAAGAACAUGAACACUCCCAUUGUCCGAGCUAACAACCUGGAGCUCAGUUUCCUGCUGCUGUUUUCUCUGGUGCUGUGCUUUCUGUGUGCGCUGACUUUCAUUGGGGAGCCCAGGGUGGAGCUGUGUGUACUCCGUCGAACAGGAUUCGCCAUCAGCUUUGCACUCUGCAUUUCUUGCAUCCUCGUGAAAACCAUCGUGGUGCUCCUCGCCUUUAAGAUGACCGUGCCCAACCAAAAUGUCAUGAAACACUUCAGACCAGUGCAUCAGCGUAUGACUGUGGCUGCCGCAACCCUAAUCCAGAUUGUUAUCUGCUUAGGGUUCAUGUUAUCCUCUCCGCCGUCUGUAGAGAAAAACAGAGAGGCAGUGAUUGCUAAGAUUAUCCUCGAGUGCCGUGAGGGCUCGGAGCUCACCCUGUUCUGCAUUCUAGGCUACAUCGGAUUCUUGGCCGUCAUUGACUUUGCUCUGGCCUUCCUUGCCAGAAACCUCCCAGACAAUUUCAAUGAAGCUAAAUUCAUCACCUUCAGUCUGCUGGUGUUUGUGGUGGUGUGGAUAUCCUUCAUCCCAGGCUACAUCAGCACUAAAGGGAAGUACCUGGUAGCAGUCGAGAUAUUUGCCAUUCUCUCCUCCAGCUUUGGGCUACUUGCCUGCAUCUUCUUUCCUAAGUGUUAUAUUAUUUUGCUGAGGCCUGAGUUGAAUACUAAGAAUAGCCUCAUGGGGCGUCCCAAAAAGCUGUAACAAGGCUGAUAUGUUGGCAGUAAUCCUCAGCCCUAUAACUGUAAAUACCAACUCGGAGCUGUCAGUAUCAUAUAAAAGCACAUCGACACAACCUACAGUACAUUUAUAUAGUGUAGCAGUGUCAUAAGGGCACGUUCAAGUUAUAAAAUUCAGCACAUGUCAUCCUGAACAACAUAUCUCACCAUGAAGGGUUUUAGCUGUGCAGUGCCUUGAUUUGUCAAUGUAUUAGCAAUCCAUCUGUAACUAAAUCAAUGGCAAUCAAUAAUGAUAUUGGUUGCCUGGUUAGUGUUUGAUGUCCUGGGUUAUUAUAUUUCAUGUCGUCUGCAUUCCAGAUUUUAGCUGCUUGUGAUCCAUUAAAGUUGUGUUUAUGUUCAUGGUUGUUGCAGCUUGCUCAUUAGCACUCCCAGAGAGAUGAGACGUGGUCAAAAUGGGUGUAAGCUGGGGCUUCAUCUUCAGGGUGUGUGUGAACGAAUGAGUCAUGUUAUCCUAUUAUCAGUAGAAUAUGUUGAAAAGGAUUUAUAGAAAUAUAUUGAAUUUCUUCAUUUUGUUAUUUGUUUAUUUAGUUCAUUUUACAUUCAUUACUAU